AUUUUUCAAUCUUUAGUUAGUAGGCUUCGGGCAUUACUUCGAUUAUCUUUAGAGCGAGGCGAACAAAAUUGUUAGAAAUAUUUCAGGAACACAUACACACACAGAAAUCUUCCAAAUUUGUGUAGUCCCCAAAAUUUCCAGCGAAACUUUCUGCAGGCCUGCACGGAAAGUUAGUUCAGCCAUCAUGGACAAAAACCAGAAAUCGGACGAGCGCUUUGACCAGUCCAUAUCCAGCAGCAGCCGUCGUGUCAUGUGGAAGCUCAGCGAGGAAGAGGAGGAGGAGAUAUACGACUCUGUGGUCACCUAUCGCCGUUCCCCUGGGCAAAGCAUACAUGUAUCGUCUACCCAGCCAGCCAAGAAGUUGAUAUUCAAGGAAGCGGCUUUAAAGAGCAACCAACCAUCCUCAGACACUUCUAUGCAAGAGGUAAAGGAGCCCACUUGCCCUACAAAGCAGACGGAUAGAGAUGCUGAGUCGGAAGAGGAUGAGGAUGAGAUGGACAAUAGGCUGUCCGUGAAACCCAGCCUAGGUUUGCGCUAUAGGCCCUCCUAUGAGUCACUUAAGUACAAGCGGAGCAAGGAUCUGGGAUCUGACCGAAUACCUAGCACUUCCCGCUGUUCAAUGUCCAGAAAAGUAAUCUCCGACCUGAAGCUGGAGACCUUCAGUCUGCCGCCGCAGCAGUCGUGCGUGGUGCGUGGCGAGGCGCCGAAGUUUGCCCAGGGACUUCGCGUUGACAAUGACUCCGAUUCAUGCUGCUCCGGCGAGCUGGAAGUCCCCAAAAACAGCGCAAUGCUGGACAUGGACUCCAACCCUCCGCAGCAGCAGGGCGUGCGAGGCGAACUGGUCAGUGUUCAUAUCUCGGCGCCCACCAUCUCCCCGUUAUCGGAGGCAAUGCGACGCGAUGGGGCAUCGCCGAUCAAGCGCCGCUCAACGACGGGUAAAAAGGGCAGCUCGCCCGCUGCAGCGGAGUGUAAGAAGUGUCCUAGCACCAACAGCGGCAGCACGGGCCCCCACUUGCCCAACUUUCGUCAGAGGCAGCAGGAGCUGCAUCGCUACCGCGUCCUUGUCGAGCAGCGGCGCCUGGAUCUUCUCGAGCUUAAGAUCGCUCGCGAAAGGGAGGAUGCACUGCACAGCACAAUUCUCUUCCACAAAAAGAUGCAGAUCAAAGAGUGUAAGAUUAAGGCGUACGAAGACAACGACUGCUCAGACGUAUAGGAAAAUUUCCUCACCCAGCCGCUCUCAGUUCCCUGCAGAAAAUUCCUUAAAUAGUAUUAAACAUAUCUACUAACUUAAGCUAACUUCCAAGCAAAAUAAAACAAACAGAUCAAACAUUAUUUGGGGCUACUAUGGCCUAAAA